AUGUCAAAUGGAUAUCUUGAUGUUUAUAGGGAAAGAGAAAAGAUUAAAAGCGGUAUGCAAAGUAAUUUUACUUCAAAAUAUAGCAAAUCUCCCAAUCAAUUGACUAGUAAUCAACUUGCAGCAUAUAAUUGGCUAGUUGAAUCCUCUUUUCUUAAAUACAUAGAUAAUAUAUCCCAAAACAAACUUGUAGAACUAGUAACAGAAAAGAAUUUCUUAGCAUUAUUUAAUAUCGCUACGACAUUCAAUAUUAAAAUUCAAAAACCUACAAAUUCCAAGCCAAACACUAUAAAAGAAUCAAUAGCUUUACUAAUAAAGGAGUUAAUUACUAAAGACAUUCUUAAUUAUCGUAUUGAUCCUAACGCAAUUUUAAGAUGUGAAAAAAGAACUAUUUUAACUUUAAUUGAAACGUUAUACAAUAAAGCUAUUAAUGAUGAUCCCCAUAUUCAAGAUGAAUUUACUGCUGAAACUAUAUCAGAAUGGUUGAUUCAACUUGGAUUACUACCACCUUAUGGCGAAUCAUGGUUUUCAGAUGUUGAUUUAUAUUUACUUGAAGAUCCAAUUCGAAAUGGAGAGAUUUUUCAAAAGUUAUGCUUAGUUUUUCGUCCUGAAGUGUUUGAUUCACCUUACACUCCUCCAAAGGAUCCAACAAGUAUCAUAAAUGUAACUAAUCAAUGUUUAAUGAUGUUUUAUGACGAGGGAAUAAUAGAAAGCGAAGAUAUUGAUUAUAGCAAAGAUAUAGUUAAAGGAAAUACUGAUGUUAUUAUCAAAAUACUAUCAAAGAUAUAUAAGGGCUACUUGAAACAUUUUGAAUCUAUGAAAUUAGAAAUAUUUAAUUAA